AUGUUUGGCAGAAAAGAGAAAGUUCAAACGGUUGUUUAUUUCGUCACUCGUCGUUUGGCCUCCGGUCGUCUUUACAGACCGUCGACAAAUCUUACCGACACGGUCAUCGUAGUGACCGGCGCUGCAGCCGGAAUCGGUCGUGUUUCUGCUAGAGAAUUUGCAAAAUUGGGGGCGAAAGUUAUUGUCGGUAUACGCGGCCAAGAACGAGCCGAACAAGUAGCACAAGAAAUCCAACGCGAAGCCAGUAAUGGUAAAGUCACUGGUUACAACCUCGACUUGUCGAACUUAUCGACUGUGAAAACGUUUGCGGACAGAAUUUUAAAAAAUGAAAGUCAAUUGAAUAUUCUGUUGAACAAUGCUGCGACUACGUCGAAAAAAUAUCAGCAGACAGCCGACGGUAUUGAAUUACAAUGGGGAACAAAUCACGUCGGUCCCCAUUAUUUAACAAAACUUCUUUUACCAUUACUGAUCAACUCCAACGGUAGAAUAGUGAACGUCAGUAGCAACGCCCAUAGGUUAGUUCCAAAAACGGGAAUCAAAUACAAAGUUGAGCCGGAAACCUAUGCGAUAUUACUUGCCUACGCAACAUCGAAACUUGCAAACAUCUGGGAUGCAUUUGAACUACAACGGCGAUACGGUGAAAAGGGAAUAAAAGCUUAUUCACUACAUCCCGGAACAAUCCUUAGUACGGAAUUGGCUCGGCAAGCCCCGAAAUUUGUUAUUAUGAUACUGCAGUUUUUUGGUUUGCUCAUUGGAAAAACAAUGGACGAAGGAGCGAUGACCAGUCUAUUUUGUUCAUUGUCCGACGAAGCACAACCAGGAAAAUUUCAUUCAGAUUGUAAAGUCGCUAAUCCAAGUUCAAUUGGUUAUAAUCAGAAAAUGGCCGAAGAAUGCUGGAAUUAUACGGAAAAAAUGAUCGAAGAUAAAAUAUCUUAG